GAGGAAGAGAACAGUCAAAUCGUGUGUUGUGCUGUGUUUAGUAAAGCUGAAACAGUUGGUGAUAGUUCUACAAACCGUGUGAGUCUCUAUAAAUUUAUAUCAAUUAUGUUUAUGUGAUAUUUUCGAAAUGUUAUCCAAUAAAAGUUUGGUGGCAGCCUGUGCCAUAGCGUUCUGCUGCAACGUGGCUUUAAUGGUAUUGUUUGUAAAGUAUAAUUCUGGAGAGAAAUGCUACAUUACAAUCGACGAGAAACAGGUGGUAACUUCCACAAUCCCAGACGACUUCCUUAGCAUCGGCAUCGACACAUCUGAAAUAGAACAUUACGAUAGAAUCGAGUUUGGCAAGCCGAGACUGCGACAACUUGCAGCAGCAUUAGCGCCGGCGCGUCUGCGCCUGGGCGGCACCAUGUCUGACCGACUUAUAUUCAGCGAGAAUGACAUUGUAGCGUCCUGUGAACACUGCCCUAAAGACUCUCAAUCUAAGUCAGCUUGUUCUGCUGUCAGAAAGUUAUGCAAACACAAGCAUUUGCCUUUCUUCAUAAUGACUGGUAAAAAAUGGACCGAAAUUAAUGAAUUUUGCAAAGCCACUAAAAAUAAAUUAUUAUUUGCAUUCAAUGUUUUGCUUCGUGAUGACCAUGGGUGGUAUGAUCAAAAUGCAAAAGAUCUUCUGGAAUAUAGUAAAUCUAAACAUUUCACCAUAGACUGGCAGCUUGGUAAUGAGCCAAACUCAUUUGAACAUGUUUUCAAUAUAUCUGUAACUCCAGAGAUGUUAGCCCAUGAUUUCAAGAAGCUUCGUAAACUACUUAAUGAAUUUGGCUACAAACAUUCCUUGCUAGUUGGACCAGACACAACUAGACCACAGCCCAAAAGACCUUAUUGCCUAGAGUACAUGAGGGAAUUCUUGGGAAAUGGUUCCAAACAAGUGAAUGUAGUAUCUUGGCAUCAAUAUUACUUAAACAGUCGCACUGCAACACUUGAAGAUUUCUGGAAUCCAAGUACAUUUGACUUAUUGAAAGAACAAAUUGAAACUAUGAGAAAUCAUACGAAAAAAUAUAGGCAUAUGCCUAUGUGGCUGACCGAGACAAGCAGCUCAUAUGGAGGAGGAGCACCGGGCCUUUCUAAUUCUUUUGCUGGAAGUGCUUUAUGGCUGGACAAGUUAGGUCUCUCUGCAAAAUACAAUAUUACUACUGUAGUAAGACAAAGUUUUAUCGGAGGAAAUUAUAGUCUUGUUGAUAAAAAGUUGGAACCUCUGCCAGACUGGUGGCUGAGUGUCAUUUAUAAGAAGCUUGUAGGAAGCAAAGUACUACAUGUUGACUGCAAAUGUUCUCCGUUGCAGAGAAUGUAUGUGCAUUGUGCUAAUAGGAAAUACACCAAUGAUACUUCAGCUAUAACUGUCUAUGCUGUUAACUUAGAAAUGGCUAAAGCAAGGUUCUUGUUAAAUGGCACUGCAUUGCAUGGAGAUAAUUUAAUAAUUGAUGAGUUCAUAUUGAGUGCUCCAUCUAAUAAUAGGAGAUCUAAGACUUUAUUAUUGAAUGGUUGGCCCCUAUAUUAUGAAUCUGCUUUGCCUGAUCUGGAACCUGUACGGUUAAAAUAUGGUAACCACAUCUCUAUGCCUCCAUACUCGUUAGCAUUUUGGGUUAUAAAAAAUACCUCCAUAAAAGUUUGCAUUUAAAACAUUCAACCGCAUUUACAGGUCUUUUAUCGUUCGUACUUAACAUUCCAGUGAGAUAUUACUGAGCCCCAAUGCAGAUCUGUUAUAUUUACAAAACUCGGUACCUACUGCUUAUAAGUCAGUACCUCAGUACCACUGAUAUUUAUGAUACUGAAGACAAUGAAUUUUUAAUUAUUUUAAUAAUUUAAUAAUAAAUAAUAAUCAAUUUUAUCUCAUGCACCCAACGGAUAAACUUUAAAUAACUUAUCUCAUCAAUACGAUAAUUUUUACUUGGAAAAAAGUAAUUCAAGCUAUGACAGUAUUUAUAAAACUCGAAUAAUGAUUUAUUUUUCAUAUGAAUAUUUUUAUACACAGGCAUUGUGUACGUAUUCUAUAGACAUACCACGACAACAAUUUAGUAAUAAGUUAAAAUAAUAAAAAAGAACUUAAAAUAUAAAACUUGAUAAUGAGUAAUAAUGACACUUGUUACAAUAUCUUCGCUUGCCUUGAAAAAUAAUAAUGUACGGGCUGUUUACAUUUUAAUAUCUCGAUUUCCAUAUUGCUUCGUCUUGACAAUAUAAUUAUCUUGAAUUGUUGACAAUAGCUAGCCUCGUCCACCAGUCAAGGAGAAUUAUUCUUCAUUUGACAUUGAACUACUGUCACCGUUUGAUAAGACUACAAUCUAAAUGCAUAAGCUAUGCCUAAAUAGUUCUAUAUAACUAGCAAACAAAGAUGUGUCUGUACGUAUGUUUACAUCUAUCAAUUAAUAGAGGCAAUUUGCUUUAGUCAUGUGACAAACCACGUAGCAUUUUUAGAUCUCUUUAUACACUAAAUGUAAGCUUGAAUGAAUGUCAUAUAAAGUGAUGUCAUCUUUUACUAUUGUUAUCUGUUAUUGUAAUUACAACAAAUAAUAUUUUCUAAUUAGAAUAGUAUGUGUAAUAUAAUGUCGGCAAAAGUUGACUAUUUUUCAAGUUUAGUAUAAAAAUGAAAAAUAGUCAACUAUUAAUAUUGUCGAAGUACUUUUGAUCUGUACAUUUGUACUUGUUUUAUAUAAUUCUUAUGAAUGUUGUGACUUGGUAUAAUUAUAAGAAACCUACUUUGUAAUCCCUGUGCCAUGCUUUAAAAGAACUUUUACGAAUAUUCUACUGAUAUAUAAAGGUGCUUAAUUACCUACCUAUAACUAAAUAGAUAUAUAAAUAAUGUUAUUGCCUUCACAGCACAUUGUAAUUCAUCAUAUUAUUCAUUUCUCAAACAAGGUAUUUUUAUUAAUAUGUGAAUUGUAAGUAUUUUGCAUAAAUUGCGUGGGACCAUCCCCGAAAUUGGACCUGUACUAACUGAAAUUAUGAAUCUUUUUUCAAAACUAUUACCAAUUAUUAAGAUCAAUGCUAUUUUUACACAUACAACAUUAGAUUUUUAUUUACAUAUAUACACCUCUAGAUACCUAUCCUGUGUGGAUAUAUAUAUUUGUAUAUUUAGUUUUAAAGAUAAUAAUUUGAGUUUAUACAAUCAGGAAAUAUUAUACCUAUAUG